AUGUCACCAUUUGUACCAAAGAGAUCCACUUUUCGAUACGAAUGGAUACACGGAAAACUAAACGAACAAAUUUGUUACAAAAAAAGUAAACAGUUUUUCAAUUGAAUCGAUUAUCAUAUGACGUUUAAAAAAUUAAAAAUUAAUGUUUAUUUUUAUUUUCAGGACAAAAAAUCCCUCGUAGUUUGACUGUUCAUGAAAUAAAUCAUCAGCCGUUUCCCCACAAUUCCAAUUAUGAUAUUGAUAGAAAUUGUUCGUCUUCGUCUAAAUCGAUAAACUCACUGCAAACUAGUAAUAAAAGCUAUGGUACAGAAAAAAAUUAUUUACAAAAGUUACCCGUGGUUCAGAAUUGCCGCACGUCAGCGGAUAAUUGUUAUACCAUCGUCAAUAUAGAAUUUCAAAAUAAUUUCCAUUAUUUUGUAAGAUUUAUCAGUGUUUUUUACCACACAUAAUAUCAUUCGGUUUGGUGGUUUGGGAUCCCUAGUGUGCUGAUUUGUGUCUACAACUUGAAGCUGUCCAAAAGAAGUUCCUUAAUUACGCUAAUUAUGCUUUAAAUAUACCCUGCCCACCUCACGAUUAUUCUCCUACCCAAACCAAACUCAAAUUAUCUUCUUUAGCAGACUAUCAUUACUUUCAAAAUAUGUUAUUCUUAACAAAACUUAUAUUUUCCACCAUUAAUUCUCCUCAUCUUCUUUCAAUUGUUAAUUUUAAAGUUCCUAUACGACCUACUCGCCAUAAAAUUUCUUUCCACGUUCCUCUCUGCAUAACAAAUUACAUGCUGAAUCAAUCAAUCAAUCGGCUAAUGAAACUGGCAAAUGAGGACCACUCUUUCCUUAAUAUAUAAUUAUCGUUUUCAUUUUAAUUUGUACUAUAUUAAAUAUUGUAUUAUUUACCCUAUUAACUGGGCACUUAAGGGCGCCUAAAAAGUGUAUACUUACGUGCUAUUAUUUACAGUUUGAUUCUUAAUCUGUUGAUGUUUUAACAUAAAUUUAUUAUGUAUAAUACUGUUUUAGAAUGGUGCGAAGACGCCGCUUAAACCCCCCCGGGUCGAGUACAAACAGAUGAAUAUUUUCGCGCGAUCUCGAAAUAAAUACGAUAAUAAGACAGACAAAAUAGACGACUUGGAAAAAGUAGUAUAAUAUUAUAAUACAAACGUAGCUCGAUAUUGUUCAAAUAGAAAUGUUUGUACCUAUAAUAAUAUGUUAUAAUUAUAAUUAUUACAGAAAAUUGAAAACACCAAUCAUGAUGAUGAACACGACCACGAUCAUAAUAAUAAUUUAUCCAUAUGUCUACAAAACGAAACAGAUUUCGAUAGCAGAAGUGGACUGCAAUUUGAGAAAUUUAUCAAAGACCGUUUAACCAACGGUUGCAUAGACAUAGGAAACGAGUAUGAAAACGAUUCGAAUGCUCGCAUGGAUGACAAAGACAAUACCAUUCAAAGUGAUAUAAUAUACUCGGAAAACGACGAUCAAUUCGAAAUAUUCCGUUUGAAUGAUAAUCGAGAGUUGGAAAUAAAAAAUAUAGACAUUUGA